AGCCAAAGUAGAUGUUUUAUACUUUCCUAUGUUGUGUUUUACAGGCUCUAGGAAGUUUUUACUUUCUUCAUGAAUCUUUGAAAAACAUCUACCAGUUUGAUUUUAAAGCUAAGAAGUAUAAGAAGGUUACUGGGAAAGAAAUCUACUCAGACACUUUAGAAAGCACACCCAUGCUGGAAAAAGAGAAGUUUCCACAGGAUUAUUUCCCUGAGUGCAAGUGGUCCAGAAAAGGUUUCAUUCGAACGAGGUGGUGUAUUACUGAUUGUGCCUUUGACUUGGUAAACAUUCAUCUUUUCCAUGAUGCUUCCAAUUUAAUUGCUUGGGAAACAAGCCCAUCGGUUUACUCAGGAAUACGGCAUAAGGCUCUUGGCUAUGUGCUUGAUAGGUAUGUAUUGGCCUCUCUCUAUCAUCUUUGAUGUUCAUAAAUGGUU